GUGAAGUAUAGUUUUGCGUAGCAACCAAGCAGAGACAGCCACAGAAGAGCGGGCAAUCGGAGCGUUUAGCGUAGCAACCGCUUUUAGAAUUGCAGUCAGCGUCCCUGAUACUAGGAGGCAGAAUAGUCCAAUUACAGAAAGGAGACGCACUACAGGUCUUCUGAUACCAUUGCUAGCAUAUCAUGUAUGCACCGUUGGAGCGAAAAUCCACUUGGAAAUGGAGGAUGCCCUUUGUGAAAGUGCCUGGAGCACCCACCUCCAAGGCUAUGCAAGAUGAAAUUAUCCACCAUCAGAGGCAGGAGAUUGAGUACAUGCGCGAACAGCUUCACAUCCAAAAUGAGGAGCUGAGGAGAAUACAGAGGCAGACAGGCACGUCUGCGCAGCACGUGCUUGACCUGCGCGAGCGCCUCAACUUCCAGCGUUUCAAGUACGAGCUCCUGGUCGACAUGUGGGCAAUGAGGGUGUUGGACAAUGAGGAGCUGGCGCAUGAGCAUUCUGGCACGCUGUGAUUGGACCUGGCGGGGAGGCAGUACAUAAUCCAAGCUCUAAGCAUCUGUCCACUGGUGACUGCGUGCUACGUAUUAGUAAUGCCUGGAUCUGACGCGUCAGCAAGGUCGGGAAACUGCAGGAUCCUGUACUUGCACCUUGACUGCAUGGAAUUGACUGGUUGGAAGAUCAAAAUGGGAGGUCUUGCAGUGGAGGGUCAGUUGCCAGUACAAAAACGGUACAAACAAAUCGGUGCACCGUGUAACGUACAAGAAAUGGU